UCCAACUCUCUUGCCCAAGACCCCUCUGGGCAAAAAGAAAUCUCGACUGAAGAAACCUCAUCACUCAUCAAUUGCAGGCGAGAUUUUUUAUGGGAAUCCUUGGGAAUUGUCUCAGAAGAUGAAGUAUUUUCAUCAUCCAAGAGGUUGUCCACUUGUAACACAGGAAGCAACAUCAAUAAUCAAAGCCCUCUUGAAACACCCCCAAGGAGGGGCAGAGCUGCAUCUCGGCUCGCUCACGAGAAAAUGAAAAGGGUACCUAUGACAACAAAAAAGACAAGAGGAACAUGUCAGGUUAUUUUCAAGGGAGACUCCUUUGAAAGCAGCUCCAGUUAUAAAGAAGAAGUAAAAGGAGCAGACUCUGGUCAUGGGGAAAAUUGUGAGUCUCAUUUUGAAGAGAUGGAAUAUGAAUCAACUGUUGAUCCUUGUAAAUCAGCUGUUAAUCCUUUAGCACUAGACACACCAAGUAAGAAGAAUGAUGGUGUAAAAUGUCUAAGUGUUAAAGUCAGUCUUGAAAGAUUAUCUCAUUUACACACAUCUCAAGAAGUAGAUAGUUCAAAAGAUACAACACAAGUUACUGUUACAAAUGCAUAUCAGGAGGAAGGUGUAGGUUGUAUUAGUGAAACAACUUGUUCAUACUCUAACCUCAGGUUAGAAGACAGCGACGAUAACAAAAGCACCAGAAUAAAGGAACUGGAUGUUCAGAGAUCAGGGAAUGAGAUGUGUAAAGGCAAAGAAAAAGAAGAGCCUUUAUCUCCCAAUAAUUGUACUGAAAAUGCAUGUACAAAAUGUGAGAAUUAUGACGAGUGUAAUUCUCAAUCCAGAACCCCUGAAGAAGUUAGGAUUUUGCCAGAGCAAACAGAAAAACUUGUUACAACCAAUACCAAGUGGUCGAACCACUCGAACAAAACAAAAGAAAUUGCAGUUAUCAACACGAGGAGAUAUAACAGAUAAUAUGGUAAGCACAGCAGAUCAGCCUCAUCCCAUUCCCAAACCAAGAUUAACUCGUACAAAGCAAAAGGAGGUCUUACCAUUGCUCAAUACAAUUGAUGAAUCAGAAGGUCAGUUGUUACCACCCAUGGACUUUCCAAAACCAAGAAUGACUCGCACAAAGACUAAGGCAAAAGAACAGACUAACAAAUUUGAAAAUGUGGAAUAUGAUUCACAGUCUUCAGUAGAGGAGGGGUAUAAUACCCAUGAGAAAGCUGUUGCACAGCCAUCUGAGGAAAUCCCAAUGUCUCGUUCUACUCGUACAAAGAAAAAGGUGAUAGAGGUAAUUUCCUUAACUGACACUCCAGUCAAGAAUGACAUUAAUAAAUCGGUAGACAAUGAAUCACAAAAACCAAGGACAACAAGAACAAAGAAACGAAUGUUUGACGAGUUAGGUGUAGAUCAGCCUACUAGAUCUACAAGGACAAAGUGUAAGAAAAUGGAAGAACAACCUGAAAAAGAAUCUGUGGCUUCAGAAAAACUUGGUCUAUGUUUAUUUCUUACUGAAUCUGAAGAUGAGAAAGACGGCAAAUCAUCUCAGGUUGUACAGAAAUCACCACUUGUUAGGUCUGUUCCAUCAGUAACAUCUAUGAAGCCAUCACAAUCAGCGACCUCCUAUACCUCUGAGAAUACUGUAAUGGCUGCUACAUCUACUCAGAACACAGAAAUUGGGCCGGUUCGCCGGAUAAUCGAUCUAAGGUGCGCCAGUUGCCAGCUUUAUUAUUAAGCCCUUGUCCAUCGUCGUCAAUUGUCCAAGUUGUAACUCCAGGUAGUCCAGUACACACUAGUUUUAAGCGUGCUUGCUGUACACCAAAUUCAGACAAGGACUCUCCAAUGUCUUCUACUGUACGCCAGAAGGGGACACGCGCGAUGACCCCUGUAAAACAUUCUCCACGAACAUUUGCUGGGUGAGUGAUGCUCUUGAGG